AUGGACUCGAAUAAUAUUGCGCAGAAAUUGAGGCCUUAUGUGGGAGUCAUUUUCUUGCAAUUCGGGUCUGCUGGUUUUGGUAUUGUUGCAAAAGCUGCUCUUAAUCAAGGCAGCAGUAAUUACACGUUUGCCGUCUACAGAAACGCGAUUGCCGGUGCCCUUUUCAUCCCUUUCGCCAUCAUUUUCGAGAGGAAUAGCAGGCCAAAAAUGACGUUUAGCGUAUUCUGGAGAAUCUUGCUACUUAGCUUGCUUGAUCCAGUUAUCGGUCAGAACAUGUUCUAUGCCGGGAUGAAAUAUUCGUCCGCCACUUUUGCUGCAGCUCUCUGCAAUCUCAUUCCUGCUUUAACUUUUCUAUUGGCUUGGAUAUUCAGAAUCGAGAAGGUGAACUUCAAGAGUCUGCACAGUCAUGCUAAGAUUAUGGGAACUUUGGUCACUGUAGGUGGAGCCAUGAUUAUGACUUUAAUUAGCGGACUUAUUAUUGGAUUGCCAUGGACAAACAAAUCCCAUGAUACUCAAGCUUCUGCAAAUCCUAACGAUAAGGAAAAUCCCGUUAAAGGAGCUCUCAUGAUCGCCGUUGGUUGUAUUGGUUAUUCCGCCUUCUACACUCUUCAGGCAAUUACUUUGAAGUCGUACCCGGCAGGACUUUCACUUACGUCUAUGGUGUAUUCUCUUGGAGCCUUCCUUGGAACUAUGCUCACAUUCUCGGUCGAAAGAGGUAAUAUUUCAGUGUGGGCCCUCGGAUUGGAUGACAAGCUUCUGGCUUAUGUCUAUGGGGGAGUUAUAGUGUCUGGAUUAACUUAUCACAUGUCGAUGGUGAUAAUGAAGGAAAAAGGGCCCGUGUUUGUGACUGCAUUUAGUCCUCUGAGCAUGGUUAUCGUCGCAUUUUUGAGUUCUUUCAUUUUCGCCGAGCAAAUGACCAUUGGAAAGGUAAGUGGCGUGACUGUUAUAGUCAUUGGGUUGUACUUAGUAAUAUGGGGCAAGAAAAACGACAAAAAAGAAGAAGAAAUUAGUGAGGAGCAAGAUCAACUGCCAAAAACAGCAACUAGGAUUUCGCUUUCAAUUUAUGACGAGCCCAAAUUAGGUGACCAUGAAAAUGGAGCCCAGACAAUAACUGGGCUAGAUGCUGCUUAA